AUGAAUAAAAGUAAAAUCGAAGGCGAAGCUGAUAUACACAUAUCAAAACAAUCCAAAUCCAUUAUAUACAGCGUUUUAGAGCACGAAAAUUGCGAAAAUCAGCGAAUACCCAUUAACCCUAACGUCUUGACAUUCAGAGAUAGUGUACUUGAAUACCGGUACUCUUUAUCGCUCUUAUGCCAAAAAGGUAAUAAUCAAGACAAAUCAAAAGAAUUUAAAAACAACUUGCUUAUGUUUUAUAUAUUCUUGACAUCAUAUAUCGUAAUUACAAUUACCACCUCAUUGCUCCUGUACAACGAAGGAAACCAAAAAGAUGAGCUUUUAAUUACUCGGCUUAUUAUUUUAGGUGUUAUUUUAUUUUUAGGGUACUCGAUCGCUUAUUUAAUUUUCAAAUCCAACAAGUUUUUGAUGAAAUCAAAAGAGCUUUUUGUAGUUUUAUCAUUUGCCCUCAUUUCAUAUCUCGUGAUAUGUGAUGAGAGAGUCCUUUCAGCAAUUUUCUCCAAAGAUUAUGAAAAAAACAGCCAAAACCAUACACUGAUAUUAGCUUGUUUUUUGGUUAUGAUAAGAAUAGUAGUUUUUGAUAGCUUUUUCUUAUUCGUAGUCCUUACAACUCUUACAUUAACUUCAUCAAUAGCUUUGCUACUAGCAUUGUCGACUUUAUCGCCAUUUGCGAUUUUAAGUGAUUAUCUAGUUCUCUUUAUUUUUUUGCUUUUACAAACAAUUGACUGCCAUCAGGUAGAAUAUCGAGCCCGGCAGUUAUUUUGGAGAAGAGAACAAGAAGAAGAAGCUUUAGACCCUAUGGCAAGCCAAGGUGAAGAAAGCGACAAGGCAUACGCACAAAUUAACACUGAAGUCGAGCUUUUGCUUCAAGCUUGUGAUAAAAUUAAGCAAAAUAUCAAACAAGCCGCCGCAGUUAUCAUGUAUAAAGAUGUAAAAACUAAGCUGAAAACUGCGCAGACUGAAAUAGAAAAAGUAAAGCGAGGAAUUGCCCAUGGACUAGCUAUGCAUGAUGUGAAACUUGAUGGAAAUGGAGAAUUAGAUGAAGAUGACAAGGUUUUUAUAUCAGAAUAUUGUAUGGAUAAAAUAUCAAGUGAUAAAGCUAGAGGCAGACACCAAACGAUGGGUGACGUAAGAGAAAUUAGCCCUUCUUUCCCAUUUAGCACCUAUGGUGUUGCAGAGCUAGACUCUGUGCUGUUUAGUGUAGGGAAAAAUUGGAAUUUUGAUAUAUGAUUUGUAUAUCAGGUAACUGGGCAUAGCAUUUUUAUAGUUGGAAAAUAUUUAUUUGAAAAAUGGAGCUUAAGCACAACUUUUAGCAUUCCAGAAGACACAGUGGAUAGGUUUUUCCAGACUUUAGAAAAGAAUUAUCAUCAAAACCCUUAUCAUAAUGCAUGCCAUGCUGCUGAUGUCCUGCAUACUUUGCUUUAUUUUUUAUCUACUUCUGAUGUGAUUAAAAAUCUGAAUCCUAUUGAUAUCAUAUCCCUUAUUGUUGCUUGCCUUGGACAUGAUGUAGGACACCCAGCAUUGACAAAUAGAUUUUUAAUAAAUAACCGAGAUGAGCUUGCAUUUCAAUAUAAUGAUAAUAGUGUCCUUGAAAAUAUGCACAUAGCAAAGACAUACUCUAUUAUGAAUAAACAAGGCUGCAAUAUUUUUGAAAACUUAGAUGCUGACGAUUGGUCGAAAUCCAGAAAAUUAAUCAUCCAAAUGAUAUUAGAAACUGACAUGAUGAAGCAUUUUGAGAUUCUAGGAAGAUUUAGAGCAAGAGCUGUCAACUUGGCUGAUCUCGCUUUGGAAAAUCAAGACGAUAAAAUUUUAAUUUUAUCAAUGGGAUUAAAAUGUGCUGACAUAGGCCAUUCUUCAAAGAUUCUUGAAUUGCAUGAAAAAUGGACUUCAUUAGUUUGUGAAGAGUUUUUCAGACAAGGCGAUUUAGAAAAACAAAGAAAGCAACAAGUUUCGAUGUACUGUGAUAGAGACACAACAGAAGUCCCUAAAUCUCAGUCUGGGUUUAUAAAGAAUAUAUGUAUGCCUUUAUAUGAAGUGUGGUGCUCAUAUUUGAAUAAUGAAGAAAUAAACAAGGUGUGCUUAGAACAGCUGAAAAAGAAUUUAUCAUUUUGGGACGAAAAAGUAAAGGUAAGAAGAUCGACUGCUCUUAAUGUAGAUAACUCUGUGUCUGCGAAUGGAAAUGAUAAAAAGUAA